CUUGAACAAAAGCCAAAAGGCAAGUCACGGGUUGCAUGCAUACAUGCACCCCACAUAUGCUGGCAUGAAAUCACAUUCACAAGAUAUACCGAGUGAAUAUUCUCUACACUGCUGGAAAGAAAAUCUAAAAUGGAGCUGAAUGACGGGUUUAGAAUAUUAGUCUAUGCACUCUUGGUCAUUUCCUCUUCCGUUGGUAUUGCGUUUAUGGUGUUUUCGUGGCUGCUGUACCGAGUUAACAGGAAAUAUGGACAUUUGCCUAGCCCACGACCUAGAAGUUUCUUCACUGGUCACUUGUCUCCCAUUAAUGCUGUUGCAAAGAAAAUGGAAUUUCCAGUGCUGACUCUUUUGCAUCAGUGGACGAGAGAUCUUGGACCAGUCUUCUGGGUACGAUUCAUUAUACAGCCAAUGGUUUUUUGCUCUAACCCCCCAACAGUCAAGGAAGUUAGCCUGGACAGCCGCCAUCUCAAGCCUCAUUCUCUGUAUGAUCGGUUCCACUCUGUGUUUGGUCAGAGAUUUAUGGGAUAUGGGCUCCUCUCAGAAGUUAACCACGAGAAGUGGCAUACUCGUCGAGCAUUGCUAAACCCUGCAUUCAACCGCAAGUAUCUAAAGCAAAUGAUGGACCUUUUCGACGAGAGUGCGACCCGUCUUCGAGAUCAUCUCAUCCCCUUAGCCGACGACAAAACGCUUGUUAGAAUGUUGGAGCAUUUCAAUAAUGUCGCUCUGGAUGUCAUUGGAAAGGUCGGCUUUGACAUGGAUAUUAACGCCGUCGAAAAUUCCGACUGUCCCUUUCCGUCGGCGGUGGCGCUAGCACUUCAAGGCAUAAACGUUGCAUUUCAGAACCCCCUCACUUUGGUUGAUCCUCGCAGCAAAGCACGCCAAUAUCGCCGAUCAGUGCGCGACGCCGUCAAACUGGUACGAAACAUUGGCCAGGAUUGCAUCGAAAAGAGAAGAGAGGCAAAGAAGAAAGGCGAGGAGUUGCCGAAGGACAUCCUGACAUGUAUUUUGCAAGCCGAGGACGAUGUUGGCCAGAAGAUUGAGAUGGCAGAAUUGCUCGACGAGUUCGUGACAUUUUUCUUAGCUGGUCACGAAACAACGAGUAAUCUCCUCGCAUUUACCUUACUCGAGAUUGGAAGACACAAAGACGUGGCUAAGAGACUAAAAGAUGAAGUAGACGAAGUCCUCGGAAGUAAAUCGAUUAUUGAGUACUCGGAUCUCUCGAAAUUGGAAUACAUGUCUAGGGUAUUUAAAGAAACAAUGCGCCUUAACCCACCUGUAAGUGGUUUAAGCCGUGUCCUUGCUUCUGAUGUUCAAUCGUGUGGUUACGUCAUUCCAAAGGGGACAACUAUAAUGUUCAUGACAUACGUGACGUCACGAUUGGAAGAGUUUUUCGAUGAUCCUCUUCUAUUCAAUCCUGAUCGAUUUAUUCCAACUGAUGAAACGCCGAGGCACUUUUUUGCAUACUAUCCCUUUGCCAUUGGGCAACGUAAUUGUAUCGGACAGCAAAUAGCUCUGAUUGAAUCAAAGGUGAUCUUGGCAAAACUGUUGCAGAGUUUCGACUUUAGACUGGAGCAAUCUCAGCGUCAUAUAAUUCUUAGAGAGGUCACCAACAAACCGAUUGAUGGAUGCAAGAAUUACAUUAGCCUCAGGGACUAAAGGUCGAUUUAAUCAAACUUAAUUUCCAACCACAUGGCGGAGAGAUAUGGCACCGUAUGGACAGCGAAAUAUCGUCUUUCUAACCAAGGCUUGAUCAGAAAGAAGAUCAAUGCAGAAAGAAUUUUUUGGUUGCAAAGUCAAAACAUCAUCUGUAGAAAUAAAUGCCGCAGUUAGUAAUAAAGGAAACAAGUCGUGUUGCGACGACUGAAGACAUUCCUUAUUAGACACGGCUUAAUUCCCGACCCCACGAACACGAUAACGAUAAGCAAACUCAGCUGUAACUACGAUUGUUAUGUAACAUUCUUUUUCGAUAAUACGAAAUAUCAACCCACUAGGGAAACAACUAAGACAACCGACUCACACAAGUGAUGGAUUUGUAAAUGAUGAGUAAUUUACGUAUCUUUUACAAUAUUACAAUGCCCAAUAAAUAUGUUCGCUUUGAAAAGCGUUAUUCACUCCUAUCCCACAAGACAAAGAGACAAUUUGUAUCUCCCCCCCCCCCCCAAAUCCGGAUUUUUUUUUUUUGCCACCAAAGCAAUUAUGUAUACCGGUCCCUCUUUUUGGAAUGGUUUGGAUUCGGAGGUUAAGUAAACACCAUCGUUAAAUUGCUUUAAACGUAAAAUUCGAGUUUUUCAUUUAAAUUCUUACAUCUAAUAUGAUUUUUUGCCAUCCCCAGUCCCUUUUUCUUCAAUGCUAAUCUUAAUUGUUAAUUAAUGAUGCAUGUCCGGUUUUUUAAUGUAUAUAAACAAAUUAUUUUGUGCUAUGCUAACUAAAUUGCUCGGGUGACUACGCAUUUUGACUACGCAUUUAAACCCGGUGACUGUGGGGAUUGGUGCUAUUGCAUUAUUUUUUUAUACAAAUGUCCUUAUUUCAUUGUGUUUUAAAUUCUCCCCUCUAAAUUAAGUCUCUCUCUACUGCUACGGUUUUUUCAUCUAAAUUACUUAUUUAUUUUUUCCAGGAACCUAUAAUAUACAAGCACUGCUUUUUAAUAGGUACCUUACAUUCUACUCAGUUAAUCUAUUAUAUGAAUUGAGAAUCAUUGAGACGUGCUCAUUUAUACUACAAAUGUAUCAUUAUUUUUUUAAUUUUAUAUAUAUGUCUAUAUUGUUUGUAAAAUGUGGAACAAAAACAACUUCAAAUUUAAAACUCGAAAACCCAACCAUGAACCAAAGAACAAGUCUUUGCAAUA